CAGUCAGAAAACUUGCCCUGGCUUGGGGUGCGCUCUCCGCUAAAUUCUCUCACAACAGGAGAUAGGAUAAGCUAAGAAAAUCCCACGUCAAAGGGAACAUGAUGGACAUCAAUAUGACACUGCUGUUCGUUGUGUUCACACAAGGAGUCCUGACUGAAAGCAACAACAUCCUCACUACACAACAGCUCCACACUGCCCUGUGCGUGGAAACCAUUGCACACAGAUAUUUCACACCUGGAAGUCCUCUCGUCAUCUCACUGCCUGGGAUGGGACAGACAGGCAUACACAGACCAUUUCUUGGAAUCCUGCAACACAGGGAUCACUUACAAAUGGUGAAUUUCUUGCUGGAAAACUUAAACGAGAGAACGACAUGGACAAUUCAAAUAUUCCAACCAGAAGGAGACGAAAUCAUAGAUACAUCAGUUCUACACCACAGUUACAUUCUGUUUGUGUGGCUAGACAUGGAAGUCACUCUCAACAGGACUCUUGGAGAUCAGGUGGAGAUUCUGAAAUACAGCACAUCUUGGAAUCCUCGAGGAAGGUUUGUGGUGGUGGUAUCUGGCCACAGCAGUGAACCUCCCCAGUUAUUGGCCAGUCUCAUCUGUGCCAUGCUGUGGCAGGUGGCCAGUAUUGCCAACAUAGUGGUCUUGAUCCCAAACCAAAUUGCAUAUCGUUCUCUGAAAACAGUGACCAGCUUGCAGACAGCAGAAUUUGACACACUGAACUUGUACACUUGGUUUCCGUACCAAUCGGGAAGAUGCGGACAACUUGAAGAUGUCACUCUACUAGAUGAAUGGAUGCUUGAACACAACGGCAGAUUAUCAAAUGAAGUUGACUUAUUUCCGAUAAAAGUUCCAAACGAUCUUGUGGGAUGUCCCAUCAGAGUUGCUACUUAUGGAAUUGAUCCUUAUGUGAUUUUGACAGAUAAUUACACACGCAAUGAUGGAACUACUGUGUAUAGAUUAGGAGGCUUAUCUGUUGAAAUACUUUCCUUGGUAUGUGAAAAAAUGAACUUAAAAACUGUUUUCUCUCCACCUUCAAUAAAUUUGGAACUGGAAUCAGCUAUAACACAAUUAUCUGACUUACAGGCUGGAAUAACUGAUGUCUUAACUGGUAUUAUUAUACUAUCAGCAGCUGCUGUUAAUCCAACAUAUGAUGCAACAGUUACCUAUACGUAUGGAUAUGUUAAGAUGAUUGUUCCUUGUCCAAAACGCAUUCCUGGAAUGGAGAAGAUAAUGACAACUUUCUCUUUAUCUGUCUGGUUGAUGAUGGUUCUCGUGCUCCUACUGACUGCGGCUCUCUUCUGGUGGGCAGGGAAUGGCCCUUACCACUCUGUGCUUAAGGAGUCACAUUCUUACAAGUCAGUAUCCCACUGUUUCUACAGUGUAUGGGCUGUUCUCAUGGGAGUGUCUGUUCCAAAGCAGCCCACUACUUCUAACCUCAGGGUUCUCUUUCUUCUGUAUGUAUGUUACUGUUUUGCUAUGAGUACUGUAUUCCAAGCUUUAUUUGUGUCUUAUCUUGUGGAACCAGCACAUGAAAAGAAGAUCAAAACCUUUGACGAACUGCAAGAUUCAGACGUCAUUUAUGGAUACCAUCCCAUUGUUGACCUCUUUCUGUUCACAGCAGAAUUUCCUGCACUUCAGAAAUUCUCUGAAAACAAGAAACUCAAGGAAGAAUGCACUGAAGUACGUAAAUGUGUCCAACGAACAAUAACCAAGAAUGAUAUGGCUUCAUUUACUUAUCCAGAGUUCUCUACUUAUGUUGCCAGCGAAUUGGGGAUUGCAGAUGAAAGCACAGUGAUCUGUUACUUGGAAGAAAAUUUAAUUUCUGCAGGUUUAACAAUGCUUCUUAAAAAAGGAAACUUCUUUCUUGAUAGGAUUAAUGUGCUCAUAAGACGAUGCCUUGAAGCUGGAUUUCUGGAAAAGUACUGGUCUGAACUGCAGCACGGGGCUCAUGUAAGAAGCAUGGACAAAUUGACCGAUAACUUGGUUCGUGAUGUAGAACCUGAGGAAGUAAAUGGGAGAAUUUGGGGAGAAAAAGAGAUGUCAUACCACAGUGAAAAGGAUGAAUAUGAUAACAUGUGA